GACAAAUUCAUAUAAAAAAGUAAAUAAAAUACAACGAAUACCAGAAGAACAAUAGAAAAUUCCUUACUGGAAAAGGACAUAAAACAACAGCUUAUCUCUGAAACAAACACAUCCUUAAGAGAGUUUUAUUAAGUGCUCGAAAAGAUUUCAAAACUACUCAUCAACACAGCAAAUACUAAAACCACUCUCGCCAAAAUCCCAACAGAAACUAGCCCAACUAUUGUCACGAAUUUCAUUAGAAAUAGGAUUUUUACAACUUUAUAAGGUGCCUGAUUUCAGAGUGCAUAUGACUCCGAAAAAUUAACACAAUAAUGCACGAGUUGGAAUAAAAACCAGAAACCAGAGUAGCUACGCAUUCGGUCAUUUUUUUUUCGGUCGCCGGUAUGAAAGAUCGUAAAAAACGAACUGUUUUAUCCUGGUGCGUAAUCUGCUUGUGGUGCACCGUCGUUAUCCUCUGCUUCGCCGGUUCCAUUAUCUCCACUCUCGGCAUCUUAUUUACAGGAGGUUUUCAACCCGCACUGGUAACAAAAGGAAAUAUCCCUGCGACGGAGGCCAUAUCGGAAUACCCUGAAACUCCAUCGAUCUCAAUUGACCAUACAGUAAUUUUUCCCGACGAAGCCCUCGUUUUCCUGAAAUACCCUCCCUCGUCCUCCCUAUUUACCAAAGAUGCCAUCAAGUGCGUAUAUAAUCAACCCCAAAACUCAUCCUCAUCCGAGCCGCCUCGCGAACUCUCUCCAUCUUCCGUCGACUUUGACCACGACACCCACCACCAGAUCGUGCGGUGUUCCCUCCCGACACGUGGCGAGAUCCUGUCCCUCGCUGUCCAGCGCAACGGUCACCUCACGCUCACGCCUGGGCCCACCUACAAAUGGGAUUCCCUCGCCUACGAGGCCACAAUCGACGCUGACGUGGAUAACACAACCGUCGUGUUCGUGAAAGGCUUCAAUCUACGGUCAGGAAGAGCCGCCGACCCGUCAAAAUUCAAGUGCGUCUACGGUCAAGAUCUGACCAAGUCAAAAUUGGUCCUCCAAUCCGACGCCGUUUCGGUCGCUCAAGAAAUUGUCAGGUGCAAAACGCCUCUUAGCAUACUAUCGCUACACAAUUUUGGCGGGAAAGGCAAUAAUAAUUCAAUCAAGGUUUCGGUUCGGACCGUGGGCAAGAAGACGAUAAUCGACUCAGUCGCACGUGUACGUGUGAGUAACAACCAAAACCCAAAACUACCAAACAACAAUAAUAAUAAUAAGAAGAAGCUACACGAGGUUUGUGUGUGCACAAUGUUGAGGAACCAAGCUCGAUUUUUGCCCGAAUGGAUAACGUACCACGCGGGCAUUGGGGUCGAAAGCUUCUUCAUCUACGACAACAAUAGCGACGACCACAUUGAGCUUGUGGUGGACUCACUCAUAGCCGAUAAUAACCACAACAUCACGAGACGAUUGUGGCCGUGGAUCAAGACUCAAGAGGCCGGGUUCGCGCAUUGCGCCUUAACGGCUAGAGACACUUGUGAAUGGAUCGCGUUCAUAGACGUGGAUGAGUUCCUACACUUCCCUUCGAAAAACUCGUCCUUGCGCGAAUUUGUGCGAAACCGCGCGCGACCUAACGAUAUAGCCGAGCUCCGAAUUUCCUGCCACAACUUUGGGCCCUCGGGACAUAAGAAGUCGCCAGAGAGAGGAGUUUCGAUUGGGUACACGUGUCGUUUGGCCGUGCCCGAGAGGCACAAGAGCAUAGUGAGGCCAGAAGCGCUCGACUCGUCUCUCAUCAACAUGGUGCAUCAUUUUGGGCUCAAGCCCGGGUUUAGGCACGCGAACGUUAAUAUAAGCUCGUUGGUGAUCAAUCAUUACAAGUACCAAGUGUGGGAGGUGUUUAAGGAGAAGUUUAAAGGGAGAGUGGCUACUUAUGUGUCUGAUUGGCAGCAAGAGACGAAUGCGGGUUCGAAGGAUCGAGCGCCUGGAUUGGGGACGAAAGCGGUGGAGCCGUCUGAUUGGUCGACGAGGUUUUGUGAAGUUAAGGAUACGCAAUUGAGGGAUUGGGUGGUUAUGAGUUUUGAGGACCCGAAUACCGGGUUGUUGCCGUGGNUUUCAGGAACUGUUCAAGAUUAGAAUUUCUAAAGAUGGGGAGAUGCGUGUUUUGAAUUAAAA